AUGAAUGACCACAAUCAGGAGGCUUUGUUGGUCUGGAGGGAAGCUUGUGGACAUCUCAAUAAAUUAACCAUAUCGGUUAGGCAGCUACAUCCAUUCAUGAAGGCGUUCACUCAAUUGUUGCAAGCUCCACGAGAAGAUGCAGAUGCAAUAAUUAAAGAAAGAUUUCCAGUACCUCGAUUAGUAAUUUGUGAUCAGCAUGGUUCUCAGGCUCGUUUUUUGCUUGCAAAAUUGAAUCCUUCAUCUACAUAUAACUCGGAUGUUCCAGCUGUUCCUGGAGGCGAUAUCCUCUUUACAGAUGAUGUCAGCUUUGGGGUCUUCUUGGAUCAUCUUCAGCGGAGACCAAAGUCCAAAUUUUCACCUGAAGUCCAGUUUCAUAUAAGUGGAGUACAGUUCACAUUGGAUGGGGAACUUGUGGCCACCAAAUCAGCAAAACUAGCAAAGUUGUUGAAAGAGUACCCUCAAAAUGAUCUUUCCCGUUUAUUAUGUGACAUCCCUGCUGAUCCAGAAUCAUUUGAGCUUGUUGGGAGAUUCUGCCAUGGCUACGAUAUCAAAUUGUCAAAUGAAAACGUUGUCCGUUUUGCGUGUAUUGCUCAUUACCUUGGAAUGACCGAAAGCCAUUGUCCUAACAAUCUACUAAACAAAGCCCUCAACUUCUUUGAACACCAAAUUCUUCCUAAUUGGCACAGUUCCAUCAAAGCUCUGAAGAGUGCAGAAAAUGUUCUUGAACACGCGGUGAAUCUUGGCCUAGUUGAUGCAUGUAUGGAAUCUAUCGUCGCAAAGGUGCAGGAAGAUCCACAUUUACUUGGAGAUCCAAUCAAGAACUUGUCUUCUGAUGACGAUGGUAGCGAUGGAAAUGAGAUGGUUUAUAGACCAAAUGCCCGGAGGAGGCUUUUUGAUCUAGAGUGGAAAUCUGAGGACUUAACGGUACUCUCGUUGAGGUUUUAUGAACCUGUAAUUCAUGAAAUGAUUCAACGAAAAGUCCCUCUAGAAUACGUAGUAGCAUCCCUUUGUCAGUAUGCGAAGAAAUGGGUGUUCGAAAAACAAGAGAACGGUAAGAAAGAGAUAGUUGAAUCUUUAGAGAGAUUGAUUCCUCAUCAGAAAGGGAUAUUUCCUUGCACAUUUCUGUUUGAGAUGCUAAAAUCUGCAGUAUCACUUGAUGCUAGCAGUGAAUGCAAAAAUGGAUUAGAGAUCAGAAUCGGAAAACAAUUAGAUCAGGCAAAUGUAAAAGAUCUAUUCAUACCUACCCAAGGAUACAUAGAGGAUGAACAGUAUGAUACCGAGAGUAUACGAAGAAUUUUGAAGAAUUUCUACAGCAAUUAUGCCGGUCCAGAUGCUUCUGGAUUCAUCAAAGUGGCAGAAUUAGUCGAUAAUUUCUUGGCAGAGGUUGCUAGUGAUAUAGAUUUGAAGAUGAGCACAUUCAUAUCGCUUGCUGAUAUGUCGAUAGCAGUCUCAGAGGGGACAGAUCGAACUUUGGAUGGAGUAUACAGAGCUGUUGACAUAUAUCUAGACAAGCAUAGACAUCUUACAGAAUCAGAAAGAGAGAAAUUAUGCAGGGUUUUGGAUUGCAACAAAAUGUCAGUUGAAGCUCGUGAACAUGCAGCGCAGAAUGAAAGGUUGCCAUUGCGUGUGGUGGUGCAGGUUUUGUUCAUAGGGCAGUUGCAGCUUCGGGACACCAUCGUGAAAGUGCAAGGUUCUGACGACAGGCUCUUGAAGCUCGAGGAGGAGGAGGAAGAAGAAGAAACGAGGGCGGAAAUGGAAAAGAUGGGAACGAAGGUGUUGGAGCUAGAGAGAGAAUGCCAUAUAAUGAGGAGAGAGAUUCAAGAAGGCAGCUGCACUAGGAAGAAACCAAGCAUGUGGAAGGAAAUGAAGAGAAAACUAGGGUGCAUGACUAGCAUGCAUGAUCAUAACUGCCAUGUCAAGAAGAAGAGGGUGCAUCCAAGAUAG